AAAUUUGCAUUGUGCGCAACGACACGAAUCAAUCCAAUAAAUUGAGCGAUGUCGUCUUAGACGUAAAAUCGACCGGUUGACACGCGUUAAUUGUUGUUUCCUUUAUUAGAACGAUUCGAAUCGUUCUGUUUUGCUGCGUUUGCGAAACUUUCUAGCUGCUCGAACCUUUAUUAAUUUAAAAAAAGUGCCACACGACUGCGGACGCCAUGAAAACGGUUCAAUGUCGGUUCGUUUUAAUGUAUAAAAUGGAGAAAAUACUAUGCACAUUCCUGCUGUGCAUAUUGGCCGUAAACGGCUAUCGCCUUCCAAGAAGCGUCUAUCCUGAAAAUUAUAACCUGGAAAUCCUGUCCCAUUUGGGCGAAAAGGACAAUUUCGGCUUCGAUGGAAACGUCGCCAUCCAAACACACUGCGUGCAACCGGCCGACAACAUAACUCUGCACACCAAAGACCUUACCAUCCUCGACAAAGAUGUAACCGUUAGCGACAUCUCCAGCAACGAUCGACAGGAACAGAAAGUCAGCAAGAUCGAAUUCGAUAAAAAGAACGACUUCAUCAUCAUCCACUUGGAAAAACCAUUGAAAGAAGACCACAAAUACGAGAUCAAGAUCAAGUUCAACGGCACCUUGAACGACGGCCUUGCAGGUUUCUACAGGAGCAGUUACAUCGACAACAAAACCAAAGAGAAGAGAUGGGUCGGUGUGACGCAAUUCGAGGCGAUCAGCGCCCGUAUGGCGUUCCCCUGUUUCGACGAACCCGAAAUGAAGGCCACCUUCGACAUCAGCAUCGGCAGGAAAGAAGGUCUGACCGCCGUCAGUAACAUGCCCCUAAAGGAAACCGUUCCGGUGAAAGAGAAGGAGGGAUGGUUCUGGGAUAGGUUCGAUUCGUCAGUGCCGAUGUCCACAUAUUUAGUAGCAUUUUUAGUGUCAGAUUUCGAGUUUAGAAGCGGCGAGCCGACCAAAGACAGCAACGUCACCUUUAAAAUCUGGGCCAGAAAAGACGCAAUAGAUCAGGUUGAAUUCGCAAGAGACAUAGGUCCUAAAUUCCUGGAAUACUACGAAAAGUUCUUCGAUAUUAAAUACCCAUUACCGAAACAAGAUAUGGUGGCCUUAUCAGAUUUCAGUGCCGGAGCCAUGGAGAACUGGGGCCUGAUUACCUACAGAGAAGCUUACCUUUUGUUCGAUCCUAAAGUCUCAUCUAAAACCAGUCAACAUUCGAUUGCCAGCGUGAUUGCCCACGAACUAGCCCAUCAAUGGUUCGGCAAUCUGGUCACGAUGAAAUGGUGGACGGACCUGUGGUUGAACGAAGGCUUUGCAACUUAUAUGGCCGCUGUGGCUGUCGACAAUUUGUUCCCACAGUGGAACUCUUUAGAAGAGGAGGCUGCCAGUGAUUUGUUAAGCGUUUUCUCCUUUGAUUCAUUAAAGAGCUCGCAUCCUGUUUCGGUACCGAUAGGCGAUCCCAAAGAGAUCGACGAGAUUUUCGACACCAUUUCGUACAAGAAAGGUUCGUCAGUUAUAAGAAUGAUGAUGAUGUUUUUGGGCGGUGAAGUGUUGAGAAAAGGUGUGAGCAACUAUUUGAAGGAACACGAGUACGGAAAUGCUGAACAGGACGAUUUGUGGAAGGCUUUAACUGAUGAAGCCCACAAACAAAGAGCUUUGCCGGAUAAUUUGACUGUUAAAGCUAUUAUGGACAGUUGGACGGUACAAACUGGUUACCCAGUUGUUAAUGUUAUCAGGGAUUACAAGGGAAAAACUGCCAAACUGUCACAGAAACGAUUCUUGAAAGACGUAAGCCCAAAGGAUCAGGAAAAGUCUUGCUGGUGGGUACCAAUAACUUACUCGACGAAAUCUGUGCCCCACUUUAACGAAACCGUUCCCAAACACUGGCUUUCAUGUCCUCUUGAAGACACACUUCUCGAAGAUGUUGCAGGUGAAGACGAAUGGGUUAUUUUUAACAACAAAAUUGGAGGAAUUUACAAAGUAAACUACGAUGAGGACAACUGGAAACUCAUAACAAAAGCUUUACAAGAAGAAGACGUGAACAUAGUGGACACCUUGAACAGAGUACAAUUGUUGAGCGACGCUGGUGAUUUGGCUUUCACUGGAGAUUUGAAAUACAAUAUCUUCUUCGACCUCGUCAAAUAUUUAGAACGAGAAGAGAACUAUCUACCAUGGAAAACCGCCCUCGGAAAAAUCUCCAAAAUCGAUAGUUUCCUGGAGAAGAAACCGAUCUACGAUGAAUUCAAGGAAUACAUGAAACAACUUCUUACUCCAAUCUACGGAAAGGUAGGCGGAUUUGAGAUCAUCAAGGCCAAAUCCGACUUGCUCCAACUCAUCAAACUGCAAAUCCUCAUUACAAGUAGAUCGUGCCGCUUCGAGGUAGAAAAUUGCGUGUCUGAGGCCAAAGAACAGUUCCAGAAAUGGAUGAAAAACGCCGACAAAGAAAAUCCAAUCGCUACGGAUGUGAGGAACGUCGUCUACUGUACUUCCUUGAAACACGGUGGCAAUGAAGAGUGGGAAUUCCUGUGGAAACAAUACCAAAACUCGAAUGUGGCGACGGAGAAGAGUUCGAUACUUUCCGCCUUGGGUUGUACCAAAAAGGAAGAUCUUUUACAGAGAUACUUAGAUUGGAGUUUGGACAAGAGUUCCGGCAUCCGAGUACAAGAUAUCACUCAAGUAUUCGCUGCUGUAGCCAGAAACGAGGUCGGUUUCCCGCUUGCCAAGAAGUUCUUCUACACGAACCUCAAGAAAAUCGCCGAAAUAUUGCAACCAAAUAGAAAGAUCGGUCGUUACUUGACUUCGAUAGGAAACCAAAUUGAUAACGAAGAAGAGGCUGCAGAGUUCAAAAAAGUGAUUGAGGAACACAAAGAAGAACUGGCAGCGGCUAAGAAGAAUCAGGAACAAGCCCUGGAAACAAUACAGGUUAACAUUCAGUGGCAGAAGAAACAUGCCGAUGAAAUUAAAAAUAUUUUGCCUAAAUAUUAUAAAAAAAUAUAAUUGUUAAGUGUAAAUAAGUUUAUUUGUAAUAAAUAGGAUAAUUAUUAUUAUUAUUUAAAAA